AUGGGAUACUUGAAGGCACUAGAGCAUGUUAGUGACCAGGGACUUAGCAUUAUGCAUGUCGCGAUUAGUUACCACCAAAGGGAUAUUUUUGAACGUGUAAGGAAGAUGAAGAUUCCGAUGACGAGGCUGGUUAGAAGAAUUGAUAACAAUGACUAUACCUUAUUGCACCAUGUUUCUGAUAUGACCCAUUGUUCUGCUCGAAGUUUGCGUAACCGUGCUCUUCAAUUGCAAGAUGAGUUGAAGUGGUUUGAGCGCGUACGGAAAUUAAUUCCAUCCCAUUACACGAUGAACCACAGCAAAGGUGGUCAAACCGCCCCAGACUUUUUCGAAAAGUCUCAUGCAAAUCUUCUUAGAGAGGCGCAAAACUGGGUGAAGCAGACAACAGAAUCCUCCUCAGUGAUUGCAGUGCUGAUUGCCACCGUAGCCUUCACGGUGGCGUAUACCCGUCCGGGACGUUCCGAUCGGUCCAUAGGCCUUCCGAUAUUGCGUCACCACCCUUUCUUUAUGGUUUUCACAAUCACGGACGUUCUGUCCCUCGUCAGCUCUCUCACAUCGGUGGUGAUGUUCAUCUCCAUCCUCACCUCUCCCUUCAGGCUUCAAGAUUUCGGCAAGUCUCUCCCCCGAAAGCUUACGGUGGCCUUCACCUUCCUGUUCCUCGCAGUGGCGGUGACCAUGCUGGCUUUCUCGGCCACUGUAAUUCUGAUCGUUCAUAUGAAUAAGAGUUGGACCACAAGUAUUGUCUACGGCGUGGCCUUUGUUCUAGUGACCGUCUUCGCACUCUAG